CUCGGUACAUCUCACAUACACAGAUCGUUCGUUACAGUAGCCAUCCAUGCCAGCCAUUGUCGCGCCACUCGUGAAAGCUGCCGCCGAGCUCGUGAUGAAGCGACGCCGGGCGUCCAUUGGAUUUUCCAGGAGAUUCUUAUAUGCAGGCUGGUACAAAUGGGCGUACUUGGACUCGAAAGCCCGUCCAAAUACAUCGACCGAAUCCGAACUUCACCAACCCACGGUGGUGCUCGUGCACGGGUUCUCGUCCGACAAGGACGCAUGGCUACCCAUUGCCAAGUACUUAAUCCACCAAGGGUAUCGCGUAGUUAUGCCCGAUCUACCGGGCCACGGCGCCACUACCCCCGUCUGUUCAAGCCACAACUACGGCGCCGACGCACAAGUGGCCAAUUUGCUCUCGUUUCUGUCGGCGCUUCAAGCAGCAACUCGCCCCCCGUUGCGUAGCAACAGAGCAACGCCAACUCCUAUACACCUCGUGGGGUACUCGAUGGGGGGGCUCAUUGCAGGGCUGUUUGCAGCCACAUUCCCCCGCUUAGUGCGCACGCUCACUCUACUCUGCCCCGCCGGCAUCUCCAUGCCCACCCCCAGCCCCGUCGUUGCACUCUUCGAUGACACUGGUCUCCGCCUCAUGGAAGCGUCCACCGUCAAACACAUGGACGACUUGCUUCGGUAUGCGCAAGGUCCGACGACGACCAAACUCAAACGACAAAACUCCCGCGUCGUUGUGCACAUGUAUGCCAAGAUCCAAGCUGCGCGAAGGGACGUCGUGUCCAAGAUCUUUGACGAUCUCGAGCCGGAGCGGUCGACGCUGGAAGACCAGCUGCAUCGCAUCGAAGCGGACACGCUGGUGCUGUGGGGUGCCCAAGAUCAGAUCCUGGACGUCAGUUGUGCGCACCAGGUGCGGAGCAAGGGCUUCCGGACGAUCGUCGUUGAAGGAUGCGGCCACGACAUCACCCAAGUAAGGCCGCAGUUGUGUGCGACGCACAUUAACCGGAUGAUCAGUCGAGACAUCCGGAGAAGUACUACUCGAGGGGUCGACCUGUCACAGAGCGCUUGCACGUCGUACAGCACGACCAUGGACUCGGCGUCAACCCUCGAUGCCGACUUCAUGGAAGUGUCUCCUUGGGAUUACUAGGAUUAUAACGUUAAUUUACAUAUAUUUACUACUAGUACUAUUUUUAAUAGUAAUACCCCUGUCCUGAA